AUGCCCGAGACCGCUACCCCGAGCCGGGCCUGGCAACACCGCUUUGACGGGAAGCCAAUCUCGUCGAAUCCCGCCAUCGCCGAACUCGAUAUCGAACGGAAUGAGUUGGCCCACACGUGGAAAAGGUUUAUCAGCCUCCUCCUGCCCCAGGAUCAGGUGCAAUGGGAGGAACGGCCACAGACGGUGCUCGACGUGCAGACCUUGCUCAGCAAUAUCAAGGCAUUUUGGAUGUCCCGCCCCCGACAACGGGUCUUUAGCGACUCCAUGGACUUGUGUGAUCGACUCCUGCCGACGGUGAACACGCACGCGACCCUCCUGUCGACCCUCCCGGACUCGAUGGCAUAUACCCCUUUGUUCUACGGAGUGCUUCAAUCGGUGAUCAAGGCGUCGUCACAUUACCCUCGCGUAAUGGAGGGCCUAGCUACUGCCCUGCUAAAUAUUCACGAUGCUCUAGGUCUGCCCAGUGAUUCUAGUCUAAUGUCAAACGCCGUCCAACAUAUUACCAAAACCUAUGCUCUAAUAUUCUUCUUUCUGACCGAAUUCAUGGACUGCCAGGAUGUGUACUCGGAAUUCCAUCACCUGGUACUCUAUAUACAACUGCAAGCACACAAUAUUCCAUGGCAACAUUCCGAGAUGGACGUCGACGAGGAGGAGGAGGACCCAUAUAGCGCUCGGGCACUGUGGGAGGAGUCCCGGCUCAGCCAAGUAGGACGCCGGGGAAAGGACCGUCGGAUAGCGGCACAGAAUACCAUCACUCGCCGGCUUAUUUGGGAGAUUCAGCAAGACGCAGCGGAGCGCAAUCGGUAUAGGGAGGGCCGGGAUCGGUUGUUGGCAGAGACAUUGAGCUCCGUGCGCGAGCAACUGGAGCCAGUCAAUGAACAGAGCAAUGGCAUUGUCUGCAUAACCACGCCUCCUGCUCCGAAUAUAGACACGUCCUCUUUUGAAUGGUCGCGGGGAUCCAAGCGCCGUCUCGCACGCCUUGAGAUUCAAAGUUCAUCCAAGCACCUCCAGGACUUCUUCGAUAGUGAUGAUCAGAUUUGCGACUUCGAACCCGACGCCAAAGUCGUCGCCGAGGGAAAUAUCGUCGCCUCUCUACAGCAAUGGGCCACCAGUUCGCGAUCUCAGGCUUUAGCCGUGGGCGGGACUCAACCUACUGCUUCUCUCGACCCGGUGGCUCUAAUUUCGGCUUGCUACGCUUCCUUCGCGCGGCAAGCUCGAUUGCCCGUCGUCUCUCAUUUCUGCGCCCUUCCUAGCCAGGAGGUCAAAGGGCUGAAUCUCCAGGAGCAAGGCUUAGUUGCCCUCACCUACAGUAUAAUCCGGCAAUUAGUCGACUGGCUUCCUCCUGUAGUCGACAGCGACGCUGUCCUGGAUCUCAGCGCGGAGCGCUUUCGCCAACUAGACGGAACGCUCACUAGCUGGAAAGCCGCUCUAUCGCUAGUCGACACCCUCUUACAAUCUGCUCCACCACUGCUGGUCUUUAUAAUCGACGGCUUAGACGCCAUCCACGAUCCGUCUACUGACGGAGCAAUCCGUGAACUCGUCCGCGUGUUGCUCACCCACACCCGGCGUCAGCCCCAAGGUGGUCUCAACGGGCAAGGCCCUACUCUCCUCCUGAAGGUACUCUUCACUGUUACCGGCAGACCGAGUGCCUUGAUCGAGACAAUGUCGGAACACACACUCAUCCUCAGCGAAUCCAAAACCAACGAACCCACGCCGUCCGAACCGGUCCUCACAUCGGACAUCGGAGCGGUCAUGAUGAAUGCAUGA